AGUUUCUCUCUCUGACAGGCUGUGGUCCGUGUUAAUCAAUGCUGUGCUGUCCCGUUUUCCACAUGACCCGUGUGCUGCUCUUUAAAGCACUGUAGGCAGAUCGAGGCAACACUCAGAAGACGUUCACACACUUGACCGCACACUGGUCACAGACCUGUCUGAUCUACCUGCCCUCAGUAUGGACCUGAGAUUCCUGUUUGUAGCUUCAGCUCUCCUCCUGGGGGCCGCGCUCACCAUCUCACUGGCAGACCGCGUCUCCACAUGCAAAGUCAAGUGGCUGUUUGGCAUCUCGUGCGCAGAUGUCACUGAAAAGCUGGUGAACCAGAUCAAAGAGUGGCAGAUCAGCCAGAGCUGUCAGUACGAAGGAGAGAGGUGCUCGUACGAGCUUGUGUCGACAGCUCCAUACGUGAUCAAAGCCACGCACACGUCUCCAACAACCAAAAUAACCAGCGACCUUGAGUUUCUUCUGGAGCAGUCCACCGUCUGCAAGAUGAGUGGAGAGGCAGUGUCUGAGUUCUCCAAAGACCCGGCUGAUAACAGCACAAACUUCUGCAGCCUUCAGAACCUGAUGGACGGAAGUGACCUGGUCAGUGCUGAGGGAUACAAACAGUUCAGCAACAAGUGGAUCUGUCCUGGGUUUGAUACCGCCAACUGCACCUUAUCUUAGGUGGAGAUCGCCCUUGCGCUGAAUGCCACUUCAUGUGCAGGAACCAUUGGAAGACUUCAGAGAAAUCAGUUUAUCUUUCUGUUGUAUUCUAAAUGUGUUGUGAUCUAAAUUUAUGAUUGCAGUUUGAAAUGGUUUAGUUGACGUAGGAUUUUCACAUGAAUGUAAUAAUAUGAAACUGACAGUAGUUCCCAACCUGGGGGUCCCGUUCCUCCCUAAGGGUCACCUAAGCUUCACGGGUCACAAGGCCUUGAUUUUAAGGGGUGUAAGAAAUCCUUUCUUUUAAAAAAUAUACAGUUGACAUUUAUCUCAUAAUUUCAUGCAUAUCUGUGACAAAAAGAUAAAUAAAUUCUUUAAUUUUAAAGUUUAGAUCUAAAGUUAAACCUCACAGGAUAAGGGCACAAUAAAGAACUAAACACACGCAGUAUUCACAGAGCGUUCACUCUCUGCUAAACGAGCCUGGUCUCUCUCCGAAAUCUUAAAAAUACAUAAUACAGAGAGAGAAUUAUAUAAAAUUUUACCAAAACUAUGAGGAAAACUCUCAUGUAAUAUUAAUAGGAAAUUAUUGGUUCAAAAUUCAUCCAAAUCAUUGUUUUUCACAAACUUCCUGCAGUGUUUAAAUGCUGUUUUAAUUACCUGUUUUUACCAUAAAUGAAUUAAAUAAAAUAAAUAAAGCU